AUGUAUCGAAAGCAAAACAUAGUUGGGCCGGUCACGAGAAGGAUCGACGAUAGAUGGAAUAAAAGAACGCUAGAGUGGAUCCCAAGGGACGCUAAACGCCCCCGAGGGAGGCCGCCAACGAGAUGGGGUGACGUGUUCGCUGCACUGAUGGACCAGCUGAGAGCUCAGCUGGAUACGGCUCAAGGACCUCGUCAACGUCACUCGCGAAGCUUGAGAACAUCUUGGAUGACAAUGGCGAGGGAACGAAACGAGUGGAAGAGAUACUGGGGCCCGCACGUCGAGUGA